GUUUAGUUCAGUACUGCUUUCUAUAUAUAAUCAACAAAAGCAUAAUAAUUAGGCAACACAUACUUAUCGAGAAUACGCUACAAGAAAACCGGCUAAUUUCAACGGGAAUAUGGGUAACACAGGAGAUGUCGAAACGAGUCCUAAACAGAAAAAGAAACUAGGAGGAAUAAGAUCUACGCUGUUUAUUUAUGUUGCUAUGGUGUUUGAGAACAUUGCGUUUGUAGGCAAUGCAGUGAGCAUAUUUACUUACUUCUAUGGAUACAUGAACUUCAGCUUGACCAAAUCAGCCACAAUGCUCACAAAUUACGUGGGGACUUCGUAUAUACUAUCGUUAUUCGGAGGAUUUAUAUGCGAUACCUACUUGUCCAGAUACAGAAGUUCUAUCCUUUUCGGAUCCAUAGAAGUCUUGGGCUAUGCUGUCUUAACAGUACAGGCAUUCGUCAAAGAGCUUAGGCCUUCGCCUUGCAAGGAUGUCUCGCCACUGCUGAGCUAUCAAUGCGAAUCUGCAGACAGUGGCCAAGUUGCUUUUCUAUACAUAGGUCUCUAUCUUGUCGCGAUUGGAGCAGGUGGCCUCAAAUCAGCAGCUCCUCCAUUGGGAGCUGAUCAAUUCGAUGAGGAAGAUCCUGAAGAGGCAGAAAGCCUUUCAGUGUACUUUAACUGGCUACUGUUUUCGAUUGUGAUUGGAUCUAUUUUCGGGGUCACUUUUUUGGUCUGGAUCAAUACGUUUCAAGGUUGGAAUUGGGGGUUUCUGGUGUCGACUUUAGCAGUGCUAGCCGCGGUUUUGUGUUUGGGGUCUGGAAAAUCGUUUUAUAGGCAACAGGUGCCGAGAGGAAGUCCAAUCACUCGUAUAGUGCAGGUAUUUGUGGUUGCAAUCAAAAACAGAAAUCUUCCGGUGCCAGAAACUGCUGAUGGAUUCCAUGACGUACAACAGGGAAGUGGAAAUGAGAUACUCAAGAAAACGGAUCAGUUCAAGUUCUUUGAUCGUGCAGCAAUAAUCAGGACCACAGAUUCACCCGAUUCUGAUAGCAAAGGUCCAUGGAGAACAUGUACGGUGACACAAGUGGAGGAAACAAAAAUUCUUGUCCGAAUGUUUCCUAUUAUAAUAAGCACUAUUUUCAUGAACACCUGUUUGGCUCAGCUCCAAACUUUCAGCAUUCAACAGAGCAACACAAUGGAUAGACAAUUUCUUGGUUUUGAAGUCCCUGGCCCUUCUGUGACUGUCAUUCCGUUCAUCUUUAUGAUCAUUCUGAUCCCUAUUUAUGACCGCAUCUGUGUUCCAGCUCUCAGGAAGUUGACAGGGAUUCCAACUGGAAUCCGACACCUCCAACGUGUUGGUGUAGGACUUGUUCUCUCAAUCGCGUCUAUGUCUGUUUCUGCAUACGUAGAGAAACGUCGAAAAUCUGUUGCUAUUGAUAACAACCUGGUUGAUUCUCCUGCCCCAUUGCCAAUUAGUUUUCUUUGGUUGGGUUUUCAGUUUGCAAUAUUUGGAAUGGCUGAUAUGUUUACACUGGUUGGAUUGUUGGAAUUUUUCUACGCGGAGAGUUCUAAAGGAAUGAAGUCACUAGGCACCGCGAUUACUUGGUGCACCGUGGCAUUUGGAUACUACUUGAGCUCAGUGGUUGUGAAUGUGGUGAAUAAUGUGAGUGAUGGGUGGUUGGCAAGUAAUAAUCUGAACAGGGAUGAAUUGAGCAAAUUCUUCUGGUUGCUAGCAGGGCUGAGUGUGUUGAAUCUAGGGGCUUAUCUGAUCUGCGCAUCUUGGUAUAAAUAUAAGAGUGUCGAAAUGAAACAGAUUGAGGGUGAUCAGAGCAAUGUUGAAAUGGGGACUGUGUAGGAUCUUCAGGCUUAUGAGUAUGGAUUUAAGUCCUUUUCUACAUGUAAUAAUCCAUCGAAGUUUGUUCUUGUAUAUCAUGAUUGACGAACAAUAUAUUUCUCAA